AAGUGUCAACUGAAAAAUGUGUAAACACGAACAGUUUACAAACUAUAAAAUAAUGACAAAGUUUUGAAUAAUUAUGUGUGCUAUUUGUUUGUAAUGUUUUUUUAAGACAUUUAUAUAUUGAUUCCUUGAAAAAUGGCUGAACCAGGAGAAAAAAAGGAAGAAGAAUCCAAGAAAAUAGUGCACACUUACCCUCUUGUACGAAAUUGUGAUAUGGGAGAUGAGAUGAGAACGGAAGCCAUGGAACUAUGUGUCACGGCGUGUGAAAAGCAUGCGGCCAAUAAUGAGGCAGCAGCCAGGAUGAUCAAAGAAAUGAUGGACAAGAAAUUUGGACCGUCAUGGCACGCUGUGGUUGGCGAAGGUUAUGGUUUUGAGAUCUCAUAUGAAUGCAAAAGCCUUCUAUACAUGUUUUUUGGAGGAAACGUUGCCAUAUGUAUAUGGAAAUGCUCCUAACGUACGCAUUUACUUUUAUCGCUACCUGACCAAUGCAGUAUUAUUAUUAUUACUAUUAUUGUUCAAUUUAUACUAAUUUGAAUAAUUGCCUAUUCAUUAUUAGUUGCCAUAUACAUUGAACUGUUAAAUAUCACUAUUCAAUAUUUGUAUAGAUGACAUUCAAAUUUUUUUCUUUUGAAUAAAAAGCAUUACACCAAAAUGUUAAAUUAUUAGCACUAUAAAUUGUAUUUUUGUAAAUUGUUGUAUUGUUUAGUAUGCGUUGAUUUAGAUUUUUAUAAAAGUAUUUGUAAUAAACUGUAAAUUUUUGAAUCAAAUUCAAUUUUUUUUAGUGAACAGUGGGAAAUUUAGCUUGAGGUUCUUAUAUUUGAAGUUUUACUUCACUUAUAGUUUUAUAAAAUAAACUUCACUAUAUAAUUUAAUACAUUUAGUUUGUAUUCUUAUACUCAUUUUAUAUCUUUAUUUAAAUUUCAUACAAAAAACAUUCUGUAACACAACAUGAGUAUGCAUCCAGGCAUUUUUAUUAUCUACCAUAUCAAAAAUAAUGAUUUUAUUUUCUCAGCUUACUGUUUUAUAAAGUAACAAUUUUUAUUUAGCUCUUGUUCGUAUGUAUUGUGAAUAAUUCUACUGUUAAAUAUUUUUAGUUUUACAUCCAAAAGAAACUAUAGUAUAAGCAAGAGUUACUUUUGUAUUUAAUUUGUAAGUUUUUGAAAUAAUUGGGAUAAAUACGUACAUAUGACAUAUUACAAAUAUGUACAUAUAACGUAUUAAAAAUAUGUAUUAUUUAUGUCCCAAAAGAUAGGUGUCCCAAAUGUCCUUCAUAGUCCUUCCUAACAUAUCAUGAACUUUGAAAAGUAACAUAAUAAUACUGCCACAUUAUAAUGUGAUAUUCUAUGGACUUAGGAAUAUCACAUAGUCCAAGAUAGGACUUGAAAGUAAUUUUUGUAAAUUAAAAAAGUUUGUAAUGCUUCUAACAAGUUUAGAGAGUAGCUAUUUGGACUUCCACAUAACUAAAAGUAAUGUGGAGAAGGGAGGACAUUGGAUAUAUGUGCCUGUUUUUUAUAUAUAUAUAUAUAU